AUGGAGACAACUAAUGAUACCACAAAAAUCCUGGGGAAAGGUCCUGAAUACCUUCGUAAACAAAUGGAUUUAGAGAGUGAGACAAAAGGACGCAUGAGUGCUGUGGAGAGGCUCGCCGCAAGUAAACCAAAAUACGUCAAAAGCCAACAGGUGGUUAACUCAACUCAGGAGCCAGUGAUUAGCCUUGGAUCGGCCUCUGUGAGUAGCACUGGGUCCUCUAACCGAAGCUCACACCGGGAUGGGAAUCUUCCUACAGGGAGUGAGUCGACAGGGAAUACACUCACUGUGCAAAUCUCUUCACCAGUGCAGGCACAUCGCUCCAGCGCCAAAAAACGACCAGACUCUCUUCUAAUUUACAGACAGAAAUGUGAGUUAUUGAGAGGGCCAGCAAAUGAACGGAAACACCAUAUAACCCGUAAGUUGUUGCUCCACCCUGUGAAUAAAAAUGUCCCGUUACCCGAGGGGACCGAUAAGGAAUGUGAGUCUCAGGGCAACGUGGAAAAAAUCACCACGCCUAAGGAAACAGCAAAGGAAUGGAAUCCACGUGUAGUUAUCUCUAAACUGGAGAGCAAUGGAGUGACAGAAGAGUGCAGAAUCAAGAACAGUGACUCUGGUACAAAACCUAAGGCUGGUGGUGUAAAUGCAUCUAGUGGUCUCCUGACAGUUCCUGAGGUUGAAAGGAGGUCUGGCAAAGGAGUCAGUCGUUCUCACUCUGAUAUCAGCUCCAGGUAUUCCAAAAACUUUGCAGACUUUGAUGGUUUUUUCAAGUACUGCGGGCUGGACGGUGAGGUCAUUGAGUCUUUGGGGAAGGAGAACUUCUCGGCUCGCUCAGAUGAAAUUGCAAUAAUGGUUCGGAGUGUCAGUGUUUCCACGUCAGAUGAUGGCUUCUCCAGGAACAGUAGUGACAGCGAUGCGCUCAUGGAGGAAAAGCUGCACGAGAAGAUACGUCAAGAGACCUCAGUUAUUGAGCGCAACGCACGGAUUAUCAAAUGGCUGUACAGCUGUAAAAAUGCUAGUGACACUGGAAAAAAGUUACGAGAUCUUCACUGA